AUGGGCAGGGUAGGUGAGGUGCGCGCGCGUGCGUGCGUGCGCAUCAGUCGGCUACAACCGUAUGUGCACUGGACACCUGCUUGCCAAGGAUGGUUUGAAAAAAGUAUGACACUGUAUUUGGGUGCCUAUAAAUUCAGCAGUAAUGUCUGUUUUUAUUUUUUUAGCGCAACAUCCUGUCCUUCUCAAAGGCACCCCCAAACAAUCAGGCGACCCUUAAAUGCACAUACAAUCAUCAGAAAGUUUCGAUUUCCAAGAAGUUUACUUUUAAAGUAUAUGGUAAGUGCCAGCUCUACCUCCGAGUGUUUUACAGUCUAGUUGAUAACCUUCCAUAGUUUUGAGAAAGCAGUAGUUAGCGACUACCUACCAGUUUUUUUACUGCAGCAUAUUUAACGCUCUUCUCGUAAUGUUUAAUUAGAAAUAACGGCCUACCAAUACUUCACUCGUAAGGGAAAGAUAUUUCGUGCACAGUAUAGAUGAAGUAUUGAGGCAUUUUAAGGGCUCUUUAUCCGUUCGUUCAUGGAAUGUGAAAUUCCCGAAUAACGCUUCCGGUUGUAGUGAGCUGAAUGGCGAGCGAAAGGCGCGCAAAUGGAUUUAGUCCUUCCUCAUAUGAGUCUUGACUUGCUGGGUCUUACCUUUUCUCUGAAGAAUAAGGACAAACCCAUGAGAAUCUACUGCAGAUCAAGCCGAUGAUGAGGAAGCAAGACUGCGCCUCAAAAUUCCCUUCGUAACUUCCAUUAACAAGAGAGGCAAUCUAGAUGAGAGCUUUUUCCAGCUUGGCAAAGCAUUUUCGCACCCCUGUCUAAGCGUGUACGACAAAAUUAUAUUGCCGACAAAGACAAGGGAGACUGGAAUGGCCAUUUCUGGCUUAUUAGCCGUCGUCAGCCAGCCAUACCCAAGCCCGAAGUGUGGAACACCCGAGCCUCGAACUCGCGACCUGUUGGUUUAGAAGUCAACGCCUCUACUCACCGGGCUACGAGCCCGUUGCCCUGUCAGUUUUCGAUCGGGAAUAUACAGGGCAACGGGCUCGUGGCCUGGUGAGUAGAGGCGUUGACUUCUAAACCAACAGGUCGCGAGUUCGAGGCUCGGGUGUUCCACACUUCGGGCUUGGGUAUGGCUGGCUGACGACGGCUAAUAAGCCAGAAAUGGCCAUUCCAGUCUCCCUUGUCUUUGUUGUUAAUAUAAUUCUGCCUAUAUAUCAUGCGCCGCUGUGCGGCUGCUGGUUGGGCUCGAGAGAGAGCCCUUAAGGCACAACGGAACGAGUGAGUUCCGUAUGAACGAUCGGUGAGCGCCCCCUAACACCGUGUACGACAAGUUGUCCUGGAAGAUGAUCCCAACGACCGAACCGAAACUUGUCAAUAUAGAUCAAAUGUUUCCUUUCACAAAAUACAGGAGAUCUCCUGAAAAUACGCACUCAGUGAAAAAUGACUACUUCAUUAAUACUGUAUUUUCUAUUGGUUCCCGACGCCAUGGACGACGGGUGGGCCGGACGGAAUCGGGAAAGUGUUCGCAUGAAUUGUCAGAGGCGCUGCAGGAGGUUGAUAGGAUCCUCGACUGCACCUCGCGGGAUUGAUGAAACCAUCUGAUUGGGGAGUCGGACGGUGACACCAAACAGGAGUUCAGCGGUGGAACAAUCAAUGUCCGGUUCGAGGCAAGAGCAGAUGUCCAACAAGGCUAGGAGAGGUGGUGCGUCUAGUUCUCCGGAUCAUCAGCGGUGCGUAAGAAGUUCUGGAACUGCGGGAGAACCGCAUAACCUUCUCAUUGGCAGGAGGAUAUUUAACUGUAGUACGGAUGGAAGCACAGAUUUGGAGUCCGGAAACGUUCCCCUCACGCUGAAAACCAACAUGACAUUGUUCGGCAGUCGCCUCAGCGACGUCGAUUCUGGGACGAAGUCGGAUAUGUUGGAUAGAAGACUUGAACAGUGCGUCAGCCACCACAUUUCGUAACCAGUCGAUGAGGCAGAUGUCUGAAGUGAACUGCGGAAUGUGCUCCGAUUUGUGAAUUUCCUCGGGAAUGAGCUUGUCGAUGUUGACUUGAGAGCAAAGCAAAUACGCUUGUGAUCCUUAAAUACAGUGAAGCCCCCUGCCCUCAAGUAGGGGCCGAAUGUGCUUCAGGGUGAGGAAAUAAUCAAGAAGCUUCCGUUCAAAUGUGCUACAGCACGUUUCGGCAGGUGUUAACUUCCUAGAAAAGAAAGCUAAGAGUUUGAGCGUGACUUGCGAGGUACUGUUAGAGAACCGCGCCUAUUGUAACGUUGGAGGCGUCAAACAUGAGGGACGUGGUAGCAUCGGGAGCAGACUACGUCAGGAGGGUGGCGUCGACCAGGGCAGCCGUCACCCUGUCAAAAACGUCGAAAAGGGCUGCAGACCGCUCGAACACUGACAGCCGAGACAGGCCGGAAAAGAAGCUCGCUUGCCAGAUCCCGUACAUCAAGGGCGUCUCCAAGGCCAUUAGUCACCUUCUUGCACCACUUGGGGUCUGAGAUGCGCACAGACCAGAGGCCACUAUGAGGCGUCAGGUGAUGAGACCGAAAGGCCCACUGUCACGGCAAGAAACAUCGGGAGUCGUUUAUCGGAUCUGGUGCAGUUGCGGGCAAAGCAACUGCGUCAGAGAAACUGGAAAACUGCUCCGGACGCGAAUCGCCAAACGAGUGGCAUCCGUACGGAGAAAUGACGCCAACUCUCAGGUCGUGGCCCAUUCGACGAAACCCGGCCGCACAUUCAAGUUAAAUGAUGCCGAAAUUCUCUCGAGAGGGGAUAAUCGCGUGAUCCGCGAGUUGCUAGAGUAAUGGUUCACAGGACCUCAAUCUAUCAACAAGUUCAACGACAUCUCCACUCCAUAUUCCGUGCUGAGGCAUAGGCUGCCCAAAGCAAUUGACCACUCGAGGAGGGCGAAGCCGCUGAGCCAGAUGGCCCAGCAAUCAUCACACCAGCAUCGAACACGGAUGAUGAGAUGUCAACACUUAACAACUUGCAUGCCGGUCAUCAAGCCAUUAGCGCAUCAGCGGGCAACAAUCCUUGAUGAAGGGGAGCAUGGCUAAUUGCUGUAGGUAUGUGGAAGCAUAGCGACCGUAUCCUAUAAAUACUGCGACUUCCUGUGCACGAGUCGCCCUUUAAUGCAGCUGUCUCUGAGGCUGGAUUAAAGUGAGAAUCUGAAACGUCAGACGAAUAAAGCCAUUGUUCCAGCAAUCGCUUCUUAUUCUGAUCACUCAGCAGAACGCCAGUUUUGACCAACAGCCACGAGCAACUCCAGUUAUCACAGACGUAGAUGGUAUGACAAGGCCUAGAGCUUCCAGUAAGAUCUGUCGCACUGACCUACGGGCUGACACGUUCGACCCGUUUGCUCUGAGGGGAGACGAAAGAUCAGGGGGACAUGCAGUGAUAGGCUUUAGCACCAAAGAUGGUAUGGUAUCAGCAGGUUGCGGCUGUGUUGGAACAGGCUGAAAGUGUGGACUGGAUCGCCUGGACAAAUGACCUUGCAGAUCUCCAGGAUGAUGAUACUGACUGUUCUUGCGGAGACAAUAUGUCUUGGGCAAGUUUCGCAAUCUCAGACUUCAGGUUUAAGACGGAAGGCACAGAUAAAGUUUAGGGAGUUGAGAGGGUGUAAAUUUAUAACUUGAGAAAACCGCGCAUUGCUUUGAACCGCUCGAUCGCUUCAGUAAGUUGUUUGGUUAGGAGCCAGCUUCAAAAUACGCAGGAAUUCUGUGGAAAGUUAUCCAUUAUCAACGCAUGGCUAUAUCGCAGACUGAGAAUAAUGCGUGUUCGUAUCAAGUCAGGGUCGACAUUUGUUGAUAGUAGUGUGAAAUACAACACAAUAGCUCCCAAAGCAGAAGUUAGGGAAAACAGAUUGGCGAAGGAGACACGAUCGCCGGGACAGCGUUGGGUUGGACAACUUUAGGGAUGAGUGAGAGCGAACACAAGGCUCUAUAAGCGAGCAUCCACAGUACCCCCACCUAGAUAGAUGGCGGCGGGACUGUUCGUUUACACAAAACUCGAUUAAUCAGACUGUAAGGAAAAUGAAGACAGUGGGCCGCAUGUGAUACAGUCGGGAGGGCGCGAAAGGAAAAUCGGAGUGUGUUCUGUAGUGGAACGAGGAGGAGUUUACAGAUGGAGGUAGAGGACUUGGUAGGCCAGAGGUCAAAUAAUAUUGAGGCAAAGAUAGCGGGCAAGGGAAAGAGCAGGAAGAGAGAAGGUCAGCGCAUUUUGUCUUUGGGUAAGUCCUACGGUUCGUAUGGAGCCACAGCCUUGACCCAGUCGAUGCCAACCACAUCCUGCUUCUCAUCAAAAAGGAUCAGAAAGGUCUUAGUGAUGCAUCAGAGUACUCAGAAUGGGCUUCCACAUAGUGUUUUUAGGGGCUUGUGCACACGGUCACAUCGAACGCGCAUCUGAGCCGACGGGAGGCAAACAGCAUUACAAGAAGCCGGUAAGCUUGGCCGUCGUUUGAAUUUUGGUUUGGCCGCCUUAGGUAUUUUUAGGUGGGCAGCCACGCAAACAUAAAAACAAAAUACUUCUGCAUGAGGCUGAUGCAAUUUUAACUACUUCAGAACUUUGGCAAGUUAUCUCAGACGAACAGAAAUCAAGCGACCCUGUCCUCAAAAUUGGCGACACACAUCGCGAAACCUGCUCUACGAACCUCCUUGUUCAGAACACCGUAAAGUUGGAAUCAAAUUACUCUGACCUUGUUGUGGAGCAGGAUCCCGAGGCUGAUUUUAGAGUGGAGGUGCAAGGCAACCAAGUGAAAUGCAAUUCGCCGAAAAAGUGGGCCUGCUUUACGCUGACUUGCAACGUUUUCGUAGACAACAUUCGGCUGCCUCCAGUCCGAAGGACGCGCUGUUAUAUUGGUACGCUGCUAAACGCUUUCCUUCAUUUUGAUGAAAUGAUUUUAGUAGCAGGAGAUAAUACUUACAGUUUCAUAACUUUUACAGGCAAAUUUUGGUACCUAAGAUGGUGUAAUAACGGCACAUCCAUAAGGUCCAAAGGAAGGUCCACUCAUUCACUCGUACGAUUAAGUGUCUUCGAAAUUAAAAACGGAGAGCAGUAGUAUGUUCUGGCAGAAAACCAUGUUUGGUUUUACGGACUUUCUUGACGGCGGACAGUCACGACGCGGGACAUUCGGGGCCGUUAACUAUCGCCGCGGCCAACGAAGAGGGGCGGGAUUCAGGUCCCGGUGACAUGCGGGUCGGUUGCAGCCACACAGGCGCCAUUGGCGGGCCAUGCAUUAAACAAAGUGCGCCAUAUGAGGAAAGCUGUGUGCAUGACUUCCCAGUCUCUGAAGAUGGGUAAAAGAAACGACUACUGGAAACGCCAGACCUCCAAUACACCUCUCCCGGUGAACGCCUCCUUUUCUUUUGAUGUUUGGAAGUAUUUACACAAAAUCGUCUUCGCAGGAAUGUACUGAUUGAGUCAGGCGUAUAAAUUAUAAGAGAAGUUCCGUUGCCUACCGUCCGGCAGACCUGCUGUUGUAUUGGUACGCUUAUCAACGCUUUCAUUCAUUUAGCAGUUUAUACUUACAGUUUCAUAACUUUAUCAUGCAGACACCGAUAUCAGUUACGGUUCAGUAAGGGCGUAUUUAAAAGGUCCAAGGUAGGUUUUACUCCUGGUCUUGGCGAUAGAACUGGGCCCCUCUGGGCUCCACUUCACACAUUAUGCGGUGCAAAUUUGCCUCCGGAUGAGAGACGCGCAUCCUGCGCUGCUAGAGCCGGACUCCGAGCGUCACCGGAGCAUGUGUCAGAGCAGCUGGAGCGAGGACAUGUAUGCGUCGGUCUCCAAUCUGAUUGGUCAGUUUUCAUAGCUGUGACUGGUCCAAAACCAGCCAGAGUCUCGGUUUCGGGGAGUAGUGGCCAGACGCGAUGGCAGUCCGAUAUCAGAAUGUCCGGUGAAGGACUGCCGCCUGUGCGCACGGGCAAGUAUGCGCCGGAGACAGUGUUGCAACAGGCAGCCUAAUUAGGGUCGCUGCAUAACAGCGCAGGGAUAUCCUCGUGCGUGGAUGGUCGUCGAGCUACCAUCCAACUGCAUGGACAAACAGGGUGCGACGGUACAGCUGCGGUAGGGUGGGUCUCCGUCCCCCGACAUCCCGGCUUUUUAAGGCUGCCUAAAGAAGCCUACCAAAAACUGAUAAAAAGACAGUGCACAUGGAUGUGACUUGGAGGCGCCGGGAAAAGAGAGUGCGUGAACAAAUACCGGCUUGGCUAGGUAGAGGUGAAAAAAUCGAUUUCCAGUUCUAUUCCCGCACAUCUUGUCGAUACAAAUCACCGACUCGAUGCCAAAGAAGUCUUUCAGGGUGUCUACCGGACACUAGCAAGCUUCUCCAGAGGCCUACGCCAACGGGUGCUAGCUACAGCAGAGGCAGUGGCUAUACGGCUAGCCAAUCCAGUGCUAUGUUAUCGGAAGACGUUGACACAGGCGCUCUGUCAUUUGUAGCCAACGCUGACCUUAGAUGCUGAUUGCACGUCGCCCCAACCUCCUGAUGACAGUGGUGUGUGCUCAACGUACCCAACUUACAACCAUCACUCAUAGUCUAUGUCACCUCUCUCCCUCGCCCCCUUGACCCAAUGACCAUAACACGCCAACCACGCCAUAAAUCGCCUCUCCAGGCAGGCGGCGUAGGAACGAUGAGUGUUAAUAACUCCUGAAUCACUUAAAAACCCUGUAACUUCGCCUAUUUAAAUGUAACUGUUUAGGAAUGAUAACGAGUUACCGCACACACGUGUUUGCCAAAUUUGCGUUUCAAAAAGACAAUAGUUUUGCAAUAAAACAGAAUCAUUUGUUUCUUCCGAAUGCUAACUAUCAGAAGUCUUACUUUCCUUGAUUACCACUAUAAUGUGAAAAUUUUUAUAAAUAGUUUAAGUAAACGACUGUUUUUAUAGAGAUCUUAGAUAGUACUUAAAAAUAUACGUGUCAUUUACGCUGAGAUUUCCUAGCUACGAAGACUGACUCUGAAGCAACUGCAAACUGUCUCGAUCGAAAACCAUCCAUCCACUGUCCGUGAGACUGCUUUAGAUUCUGCUCCAUGGUUAAAGGUGUAAGACGUUUAUUUGGUUGGCAAAACAUCUGAAAAUAUGUUCAGGGAUGCCCCAGUAUAGCAUGAGUUUCAAAGUAGACAGUAUAAAUCACCACGGUGGCCAGUAGUGGUAGAAAUGUUCAGCUUCGGUGCUUUAACACCAAUCGAUUGCACAGGAAUUUCAGUCUUUCAUAAUUUAUUCACUGGGUGUUGGUUAACCUAUGAGGGACGGAAUGUAACCUCACUGUUUGAAAAGACAUGAGGAAAAGUCAACUAAAGUCGCUGAUGGUUGAUUUUUGUGAGGUAGAAUUGCGUCUCAACCAUGAAUUGAUCCGUUAUACAUCGGUCUUACGUGACUAGUUGGCCUCUUGAAGCACCACUAGGUCGCUUAAACUUUUCGCUGAUGAAUGACCAAACGGUAAGCUAUGUAUCAGGACAGUUAUUCAAAAGCCGUGCAGCCGCCUGUGGGAAAUGUCGUUUCAUUUAGACAGAAGUUUGUGGUGUACUGAAUCCCACAGUUAUCGCGGGAUCGCCUCCACCUUGCUUCGCGGUUCCUCUCUUCCCACCCUUACAACUGCAGUGCUUUAACUUCCUGCAUACUGCAGACUUGGGCAGGUCAUUUAGGGCAGUCAGCUAAAGGUGCUUCUGGUCGCCGUUGUGAAAGUUGCCCGCUGAUCAUGAUUUGCAGAUAGAAGAUCUCCAGUGAACAAAAAGUCUACAUUUUAGAAAGACUGGGGGUUCAGAGUGAUAAGUUGAGAGGGCGAAAUGACCUACCGGAACAGAUUUACAAUACUGCUGAUUUUACAGAAAGCUGGUCAUAAAAAAACUGUCAAAGUACUGAAUGCAACAAACUGCGCUUAGUUCUUCAUCGAACGAGUUCGUUGUGAAAAAUCGUCUUGUUAGUUUUCUCAAAUUCAUUCUGACCAUCACGUCUUAGUUUCUGCGCAGGCCGUAGACGCAGGACUAUGGCAGCCAGAAGAAGCUCGGAGUGCUUGUUGGUGGAAUCGACAUCUGAAAAGAACGUCUAACUGGUGCCGUUAGGUCCAUGAUUUACCUCGGCCUUAGGUAGUCGGUCCUUGAGGGUCAAAAAUAUGACCAGUCUCUUCAAUGCGCAUUGCAAGCCGCAAGUUUGCGUUUAGCUUACACGUUGGCGAUUUGUGUUCGUUUAGGGGGAUCUCCGAUUUUCAUCCGCUUCUAUUCGUUGCAGGAUCGCUUCACCGAUUACGCCUGAUAGGAGAUGGCCGCUAACCGUGCCUUUGAUUUGUUCCUCCAUCUGUGCAUCACAAGCGAAGUAAGAUUUAGAGCAGUGUCACAGAAAUCGAAGGAGUCUACCGGCCUGCAUUUCUAAUCGUGGCUUUCAGCCAGUAGUUGAUUAUGGAUUCAUUCGAGUCAAAUGCUAGGUGUGUCGUCAAUGGAUUUAUUGACGGGAUCUAUUGCUGUUGCCGAGCAUUUAACCAGAAAUUUAAGGUUAUCAAACCGCUUUUUGAACUACCUUAACCGUGUUGGCAUUGGAUCAUAUUAUAGUUAGUUUACACUGUCAACCAACAAGCCUGAUCACACUUUCUCUUUAUUCACCACUAUGAUUCGAAGUCAAGGGGCGUGUCUUCAUGAAUUCCCACCCAAAAAUCAUGACGAAAGGAUCAACUCUGCUAUGUCGUUGCACAGCCGAACCGCUUAAUUACGUGCGUAUGGAAUGGACUGCCACAAGCAGUACCGGGGCGAAAUUCCCAAUGAACGGAUAUGUAAGUUUUUGGACGUUUAUUAAACACCACUCUUACACAAUUGGAAGAUGUUUCUGUCAUUGGCGUCCUCUAUUUCACAUAGAAUCGUUCCAAACCCGUAAGGGCCUGACGACGAAGAGCAUAAAAUAGCUCCAUAUUAAUUACAGGAUACAACUUUCUGCCCAAGCGUUUUUUGUGGGUCGACAGUCCAGCAUAUUUCUUCACUGCUUGUUUUUCUCUGAUACCGACACUUGCACACUGCCGUAAGCAGGAGAAUGACAAAUGUACGAGUCAAGGUCUCCAAUCUGCGGUUUAGCCUGGUACAUAUCACUUCUGAAUUUCCAUGGUUUCUAGAUUUUGAAUAUCAAGACGAUGGAUAGUGGCAACAUUCGGAGGCACGUGUGUAUAAAAUUAUGUACUUGGCCGGAAUUCAGCCGUGCUGGCUGGGAGUAUGACAGGUGGAGAAAGGUCUCCGGGUCUCCAAGGAAAAAUAAUGAUAAUGGUCAGGCAGUAUAGACCCAAAGAAGGCAACACUAUUGCUGAAGCAAGAAGUUGAGAUGUCAGACGUGUCGGAUUCAGACUAGAACCCACGUUCAGAGCCAGUAACACAUGAGGAUGAUGAACAAAUAAUCGGCUGAUUCACAAACGUCGGGCGGAUAAAAGCAUGGUUCUAGAGAUCGCGUUCACUUCUUCUCAAAUAUUUCUUGCAGCAUAUCGUUUUGCUUGUUUCACCUGCAGAAUCAGUCCCACUGUGUCCUCCCUUGUGAAAGUAAUUAUACCUGCAAUGCAAAUCCUUUACAAUAAAAAUCGAAUACCUAUGCUUGAAGACAUGUUUAACUUCCCCUGCGGAGGACUAAUGAAUGACAUUUUCUUUUAGAGUGUUAAACAACAAAAUCGUUCUUUCUCGAUUUUUGCUCAUCCUCAGGGUUUCUCCGGCAUUAUUCCUCCUAACCUCCCUGGCAUUAACGCUUCGGUGUCAUGCAGGGCCUAUUUUCUCAUUAAUGGAGAGCAAAUCUCAAUUGGAGUAGCCACUACUUCUGUUCAGCUCACCGGUAAGUUACUCCGCUUCGGCAGGCAAGCUGAUUCCCGCUGUUAAGCUUGCUUUUGUAUACCACGGGAAUAAGCACCUCCGUAAUACAGAGAGACUAACACUAAAUGUCAGGAGGGGCGAUAGGUGCAGGGUUAGUUUCAUGGUCACAGCCAGAACACGGGAAUGGGUAGCCCCUGGAAUCUAACCCAAGGCCUUUCACGAAGCGUUCGGGUACUUAUUUCAGUGUCCAAACCCAGAGCUCAGUCGGACGUUUAAUCACAUUGUUCCGGGUUUUAUUCGUUCAAGCCAUAGUCAGUUGGAGAACGUCAACUGUGUCCCAACUGACUUUUAUACCAGCUAUGAAUUGGGAGAAAUUGGAAUUGACUGAAUAACGUACGGCGUGGUAAAUGUACGCAUACAAUAUGCGCCGAUGCAGAUGGUGACCCCCAAGCUUGUAGGCCGAAGCAAAAAGGCGAGGAUCGGGAAUCAGUUCAGAAGAAGAAGAUUCUAUCGUUGAAACACGAAGUUAAUGAGCCUGACAUUUCGGAUAUGCACUCUAAACAUCAUCGGAGGCAGUCGCGGUAAGGGGUAGUGGAUACACGCAACUACAGUGCGUGACCUAACUCACGAAAGGUGUCGAAAUUUGCGAAUGAUUGUCAAUCACUCGCAAACCGACACCAUUUCGUGAGCCUGAUGUCUAUGAUAAGUAAAUACAAGUUUAAAAGAAUUAAAAACGCAAAAGAGAUAUUAAAGGUAGUGGUGCGUUGUUAAGAAACACCGAUUUUUUAAAAAAACGCAAUAUCCAGAAAACACCAAAAAUGGCUGUCGUUUAGUAAACUUCGUUUUUACAUGUAAAGAAUGCAUUGUCAUACCAAAACGCAGUAAAUAUGUAACUGCAAAUAAAAUAUUUUUUAAUAAUAGUGUUUCACUGAAGUUUACUUCUAAAUAUCGUCUAAGAACAAGUUUGAUUUCAUAUAUGGCGGUUUUUCAAAAGCCUACAUCCUGCGUAUAGAUUCCAAACUAAUUUUCCAGGGAUUCGUGGUAUUCUUGGCUCACUUGAGUUGAAUGAGAUGGGGUUCAACAAGAGAAAAGGAAUUUUGCUUGAUUUCACUGUAUGGACACAAGGGGAACUGAGACCGUUGCAAGCGCCACUGAGGGUCCCAUUCCCACAGUCAGUCGAUCGCCAAAGUCACUACAUAGCCCAAAAAUAACUGCUUAAACCUUGAUCGAACGUUUUUCGACCAUCAGUUCCAGAUGGCUGCCAUGAACUGCCUAUAUCGGCGUGCUGAUUGAACCAGAGGAAGAAGUUUCAGAAUCACAAUAAAGUUAAAGGGUGCUCAAGAAAAUGGCUACCCACCCAACUUUGUCAACAGGUGCAUACACAAACGAUACGAGACCGAACCACAUCGGUCGCCAAUUUCGCAGGCGCCUUCCUACGCGAUGAACGUCUGAGAAGGCUCUGUCGCUUUCUCACACCACUCAGAGAUGCAGUUACGCACAAAAGAGGAGGCAACUGUCAGGGACCAAGCUAAGGGUCAAAAAACCCACCGCCAAGGCAGGAAACAUCCAAAUCGGUUAUUACAUCUGGCGUUGCUGCGAACAAAGCAACUUUGCCAGAGAAACUUGAAGAUUACUUUUUAUGCAAAUGACCGAGCAUGCAGCAACAGUGUAAAUAAAUAAUCCUAGCUCCCAGAUCACGGUUCUUUCGGUGAAGGCCGGCCAUACCUUUAAAAUUGACGAGGCGAAAACUCUCGUAAGAGGAGACUGUCGCGUAAGUCUCCGGUCCACUCUCAAUUAGUAGGCACAAUCAUCUCCCGUCUCUUGAGGGUUUUCGGUAGUGUUUUAUAUUACUGCAAUGCUUCUUGUCAAAAACCCGAAUCAAUACUUUGCAAUGAUUUGGUGCUAGUACGCACACACGCAGAAUACUCCUGCCCAGUUAGCAACCACCUCCGGCAAACCCUCCUUCUUCCUCCGUCUCUCGGAGUAUUGUCGAUUGGGCGAUAUCAAUCCUACGGCUUGUCUGUCGAAUAUAAGCUGUCUUCUCAACAAGCAAUUUUACUAUGCAACAGAAGAGCGCGGAGGCCGGUAAUUAUCUCAUAACGACACCUCUAACAAUUUUCCGCAUUAAUCGUGCGGUUUAUCUAUGCUAGAUCCAAAUUACCCAGCACUUCCCAUACAACACACAUUAUGCCCUUGUAGACAUGCUGAAUGUGGAUCUGAUUUACAAGAGUGAUGAGGGCAUAUCUCCAGGUGAGACGGUAAGCUGCGUGGAGCCCGCAAACAUUUUUCUGCCCGGAGAUGCAGAAUGGAACGGGUUCAGGCUGCAGGGCAAACAGAGAGCUCAGGUGCCAGCCCAAAUACACGCGGGUUCUCACCUGAUCGGCUGCGAGGUACGAGAGGACGAGAACUGGGCAAGGAAGAUUUACAACCUGCCAAUUAUCGGUAGGUUCAUCAAUGCAAGACUGAUCUUGAAAUGCAAAGUAAUUAGCUUUUGCCCAACCAUCCAUCGUCCCACGGUCGCUGAUAGCUUCACUGUCAGUCGGCUAACCGUGUGCAAUAUGGGCAUGGACAGUUCGGGCUUUACUGUCUCUCUCAGAAGAUGUGGGGACCAUAGUAGACCAGUGCCUUUAACUGGAAUCUUAGCGAAGUUGUUAGUCAAAUGCUCGCGCCUGCUUUUAAGCUUCACGCAAUAGCGUAGUGCGACUGACAGGACUUUGGAUUCUCAUCAUGUUCGACGAAAUAUACAAAAAAUGGUUGGCUUUAGUGUCCCUAGCAGUGCAGACUUCGAACUCAGCUCUCCGAUUUAGUCAUUGGUUGUUCAUUAAUUUCCUCAUUUGGAAAAGGUCGAAGUCAAAACAUGACUUUUGCAGUUUCACCAUAGUUCGUAGAUGACGCAGAAGUUGACAUAGGCCAGAGAUAGUAGAGAAACCAUUUUGAAUUGAAACACCUAUUCCCAAAUCAGGAAGCACUACUAAGUUGUUUUCUUAUGGAAGAAUGGGUCAAAGCACAAUUGCAGUACGUGAGAAAAGAGUUUAAUUUAGUAACGGACUCCAAGACAAUCUGUAGCCUGCAAAAAUCUCCAGACAGGCGGUAUUCCUGAGCACUGUUAUCAUGCAGAGUAUACUCUUUUAUUACACCGUAAGAAGUACAACGAGUUAGCAGCCAAUACUAUGUCGUGGAUUACUUGUAUAUAUUGCAAAUGAAGGGUUCCGCCCUGUGACUGUGGGAUAAACACUUUUCUGAAAUAAAGCAUACUGAUGUGACUGGGAUUACUUACGGAGCAGCAAGAAGGGCCACUCAAAACCUUUGCGUUCUAUGGUCCUUUUUGUCAACGUUCCGGAGGCACUGGCUUUAUUAAGCGAGCGCUUAGCAUGAAAUCUCGCAAUUGUCUCACUUCGCCCCGUCUGUCUGCAACACAGCCUUAAACAUGCGCUUACCGCGAGACCUCAUCGGCAACUGCUUACAAAGACUGAGCAAGAAAAUGGCUUAAAUAAUACCCACUGCAAAGCUAGCUCUCUUUUUUGAUUUCUAGGCGCCUGGCUAAGUGCUGAUAAACUUCAUUCACGCGUUUUUGGCCCUUAUGUAACAUCUGUUCUCCACCAUAGGCACCCCUUUCGUGUCACUAGAUUGCGCUACCGUAACUGCUGUAAAGCCGAGUUGGGUGUUUUUGUGUCAUGCAUGGAAAGAUCCUCGCAUAGCAGACGCUGAACAUCGUGAAGGAAACACCGGCAAAAAUACAUUCCCGUCCACCCUCCCACCACGUGGAACACUAAAGUGCUUUAAGGCAGUAAACGUCGGUCUAAUUUUUAAGCGUUGAAACCUUCCCCCUUCAAUAAUUUCAAUAAUUGGUCGCGAAUUUUUCGUAAAACAUUGUAACGCAUUCCUGACAAAAAUAUGUCCUGCAUCUUUAUAAUUACCAUCUACUCAAAUUAACUGGAACCGUGCAUCAAUCACAGCCUAUGUAAUAUUCGACAAUGUUGUAAGAGAGAUGGUCCGCUUGAUGUUAGGAACUUAAUGUUAUAGUCACAACGCGAAGUGCAUUAAACAGCCAGCAUCGGACUUAGAGCACUAAGCUACUUCGGUCGUACCACAAUGCCUUCUCUGUUAAUAAUUCACCGGGCAACGGCAAUAGCUGCACGUAUUACGGCAUCUUUUAUUCUGUUUGUUUUUUUUCGAAGUUCGCAAGCCCGAAAUACAUCUCUCCAGUACGAAGGUAACCGUGAAUGAGAAGUUCCGCUGCUACGGCAUCGGUUUCAAUUCUCUCCACUACCGAUAUAAAGUCAGGAAUUUGAAGCCAUAUGCCUAUGGAGAGUACUGUCCCGCUGUUGAGCGCGACGACGGAAUUUUGAAAUUCAAUUCUAUCUGCCCACUCGGAUUGCAGAAGAUUGAGUGCACAGUCUACGGAGAUGCGGAAUACGGUAUACCUGAGACGUCUCAGGUCUUAGAAAUUAACCUCCUUGGUAAGUGGCGGCGGCAGGCAUCUCAGCCUGCUGCUUACAAGCUUGCAUGCUAACUAAGGCAAACGAAGGUAGAUAACACAAGACCUUGUCUAACUUUAAAAAUAGGCUGUUUACGUCUAAAAUCAACUUUAGCGACGACCAUGUCUGGUUUUAGAACGGAGUGCGUACGUUCCAGUGUGACUCAGGUCACAAAUCUCUGGUGCUGGAAUCAUCGAAAAAAUCACUUAUCUAUGAGCGUUAAGCAAAAACUUGGUCAGCUGGAUCAUCAGCAACUGUGAGCAUUUUCUUUAAUGUAGUUUACUAUAAUCCAAUGUAUGACAUCGGGCGGGAGUCGGCCAACUUUGCUAUGGGAGUUUGUCGUAACACAGGGUAUCGUGAAAAAAAAUCGUCCGUUUGAUCACUGUUAAAUUCACAGGAAGCAGUGUUAUCAUGCCAACAAAGGCACGAUUACUGGGGCGGUAGUCUGAAAACGUAAGUAAAAACUACUUUCUCAGGCUGCUGACUUCACGAAGGGCACAGUCUGCUGUUCAUUUUAAGGUCAUUGCUACAUAAUCUACAAGCCAAAUUUCACAAACCGUUUAAAAUUGAUCAGUUUUGUAAAUAUUAAUUUUCAGCAAGCUCCAAAUCGGGUACCUGGUACCUACCAUUCUAAAUUAAUAAAUUUUAACGAUCAAGUGAUUCCAUAAUGUCUUACGCAAUCACAAGAACGCGUACAAAGUAUCUCCCCUUCUAGAUUUUAUCAUAAAUCAUUAAUUUUUGUAUGUUUAUGCGUAAGCAUUGUAGGAAUUUUCGAAUCUUCACCCCCCAGCAAAUUCGAACAUGCUAUGUUACUUAAUGUGACGCAACAUCCCAUAUCAGACUUUUGCAUGCUAUAAACAAAAUGCGGUCAGAUGUGGCUAUCUAGCGCACCUGAGGUAAACAAACCCAGCCGCCUGUAAUACGGGACAGGUGGUAAUAGAGUAUUUUAUAGUUGGGACCGGAAAACGCACAUGUGACGAGGUCAAGUAAUUGUAUGCAAAAAGAGCUAUUGGAAAUGUCCGAAUGUGCUUUGAGUGGUUGAGAAGAAAUUGCUUAAUCUCUAGCACUAAUUCCUAACCCUAACUUCUAACUAAGGAGGCCAAUAGUAUUGUGCCCAGCAUGUGCGGCUACAUAAUCACAUCUUACCAAAAAUACUGCCAGUGGCUCAAUGCAGACGUGCUUUCCUCUGUUAUUUCCACACAGGACAAUUAACCAGUGUUUCCUAGUCAGUGUUUCAGCCCAUAUUCGCGUUUUAACGUUUUAAGUGCUCAUAUGCGAAUUUCUACUAGUGCUCUAAAGAUUAACUGAAGGAUUUGAUGUUGCAGUUCCCAAAUCCCUCCUAUGCUACUGAAUUCAUUCAAGUGCCAGUUUCAAUUUCAACCUAACUCUAAUAUACCUGCAAUUUGGCAUAAGGCCACCAAUAUAAGGGGGAGGGAGCGUGAUUUGUAUUCCUUUGUGCUUCCGCAAAAACUUUAUAUGCGCUUAAGACAUCCGUCUGGAGAAUACAUCACAAGUCUUCCACUACCUACAUUUCAUGCUUUUUUGAAAUGCUCUCUGGAGUUACGCCUGGGGCGGCAAAAGCCACAGGCUGGAAGUAGUUUUCUGAAUUAGUUAAGGUUGGCUUUGCUGUACUGAAUUUUGGUAAAAUGCCUUCCAGAUUACGAUCCCAUCCUUGAGGACGAUGAUCUUGUACUAACACCAGUGCCCAUUCUGCCCCUGUUGAUGGCCUGGAUUCUCUGGUUUUGCAUCCUCUUCUUCAACGCCCUCUUCGUAGCCUACCUCAUCAAACAGAAUUCCCUCUACAGAAUAACCCAGAUGCAGGUUAUGAACCGAAGACGGACCGGUGGGACAAGACUGAACCGAGUAAGUAAACGCAUGGGAUGAGGACAUUUAAAUGUUCGAUUAGCACAGGCGUUUUUUGGUUGAAAGCGGGUCCCUGUCCUCUUACCGAAGAUAUUUUGGUCAAACAGAUGUGAGUUGCUACAUCACUCAUGCCUUGUAGCCUGUCGAUCACAAAAGAGCAACGCUACAAAACGCUAAUACGGCCAACACAUCUAACUUAUGCAGAGUUGAAAGUGCGCUUUUGAGAUGUAUCUGUGAACUUUGUUUUCAUGCCGACGUCAACUACGGGCUGGUGUAACGAUGAAACAUUUUAAUUUGAAGAAAGAUAUACGACCGCCGAAAAAUAAUGUUGUGAGUUCGACGUUUCUGACUCACACUUAGAGCCAUCAUCAGGACAGCAAAACAGCAACAACGGCAGUGGCAACAACCAUAAUAACAGUAAAAGGACUGGCAAAACAGGUUGAAGAACUCGCUUGCCGUGUUAUGUUGCUUUUCAAGUGUGAUUAUAAUGUUGUCUUACUGGGCCAGAAGAUUCCUCAGUUAGUCGACCUGUUGGUCAGUGUGGAAUUGGUUCUCUUUGCGAAAGUAGUGAAUACUGAGUCUUGCUGUCCAGAAUCAGUUGUCACCAACACGUGCUUCCGGCAUUGCUAAAAACAUCUGCUGUUCCGGAGUUCAAACAACGAUUGUAAUGCUAGUAGUAGUUACUUCGAAGUUUUUGUGCUAUAUUGGCAUUCGCCGUUUUAUGUAAGGUAAUAAAACCUAUUAUUUCUGUGUGCUUAAACGUGUUCACCUCUAAUUCGUGGUUAAAUUUGGACAUGCAAAUUACCUAAUGUCUUAAAAUUAUGGCAGUUCCUCAAGUGAGGCAGUGCGCGCAUAUAAAUGAGGUGUUGCUUUGUAAUUUGACUUUACUCAAACGUCAAAUUUUCGAAUUUGUACCCGAGCGUCAGGUGACCAACCUCGAUUACGCUGACGCGAAGCAAUGGUGGCCUGCAACAUGUAUUGCCGUAGGUGCAUUGAGGCCGCUCAAUCGAUCGGUUUACUCAUCAACACUGGGAUGACUACAAAUCCCUCGAUUUGCAUUGCUGCCAACGUGAUAACGUGGACGGUUUCAAAUGUCCGUGGACCCACUUGCUCCCGAAUGAAUCGAGUAAGGAUGACAAUUUCGUCAGAAAGGAUACUGCUCGUAGGAUAAGAAAAACCAUGCAAUGUGUCUACGGGAUCUGUAGUGAUAUCCUUAUCACAGCAACGACCCGAAUGCACAGGGUAGUGGUCAGAUUGGUCUCCCUAGAUGGAUGCGAAUUCAAAGCUACGUGUAUUAAAAUCCAAACUAAGAUUGUAAAUGCCCGUGAACACCGUUGUCCGGAGAACAUACCUUGAGUAAUAUACAGGUCUUUAUCGCAUGUGAAACGGCUCGUAAUUUCUGCGACAACAUCGUGAUUAUAAAGGACGUCAUCGAAUAGAGAUGACUGAGGUGCCUUGAGCAAGUUCUUCGGCGUCCACGCUAUGAGUCUAGUGUUGCCGUCGUCGAUCCUGCGUGGAAGAUGGAACCAGUUCAAAACCUGACUUAAAGCAAUCUCUGGAGGCAUGGAAAGGGUCUGUAGACCUCUGGUGUUCAGACAUCAUGGCUAAAGAAGAGUCGGUCUUGCAUUCGAAUUUGUUUGCUGCAGAACAUCCUGCGCAGGGAGACAAAAACAGAAAACUCCAAAUUACCUGCUUGUGCAUUAGGGACUCAAAUUUGAUUUUUAUCCUGAUCUUCACUAAAAAGUGAGAUACAAGACAGUGGCAUUGGUUCACAAUGUUCACCAGAACAUGCAACAAACGAAGUUGACAGGUGGUCUUGGCCUCUAUAUACACGUCAAUUUUUGUUUUUGAAACUUUACAAAAUACUACCUGUAGAAUUGUUUGUUGGUUCCAUAUUCGACCCUCUCAACAAAGGUUUGGUAAUAGGAAUUGUGCAGAAGUCCUAUUCUAAAGCUCGAAAAGUCUGGCUACUGCUAAACCAUUGAGCCUUUUGUGUCAGUACUUAAAGAGACCUUGUUAAUAGAGGUGGACUAAGGAACACGCGGGUGAAGAAGUUACAGACGAAUCAGGAUAUUUGGAUAAGAAAGUCAGAAGGAAUAGUAGUGGUGUAGGAUCUUAUAUCUAAAAUUUAACUUUGGCCUGAUUCGCUAAAUCAGGCCGGUGUAGGAAAGAAUGAGGCACAAAUGACUAAUUGUGUUGAAAAAGGGACUGAUAAAGACGACUUUGACCGAAAAAGACUAUUGACCGGCCUAGGUAUAUGCCAUGCUUUCGAGUUCCUUUUUUUUUCUGUGUCACCAGACUGACUAGCAUCCGGUUAAGCAUGCACACUAAAUUACCUCAUUAUGCAGUUUCAAUAUUUUGAAGAGAAUUUGUAGAUCAACACGCAUUUGACAACGUGACAUCUGAGUUAUAUGUGUUAUUGAACCUUCAGCGAAUGGAGAAUCUGCCAUUUGUUUACAUCCAAAGAAGCGAACUGGACGGCCAGCUUUUCCGACGCCUGAGAUUGCUCAUUGAUCUCUACAGCGGAUUUCUCGAGUUGGGUGACAGGUGGUUUCUACUCUGGACAAUGAACGUGAGUUCGAAAACCUAA